AUGUAAAAGUCUAAAUAGCAAUUAAAUCAGGAAAUAAACACUAAUGGGAAAUCAUUGUAGGUAAAAUAUGUAAUUAACUAUGAUUUAGAAGAACAAGAAUUCACUGCCAUUAUAUACCAAAAUGUGUACAGGAAUGAAUGGGAGUGACUUUGAAGUUUUAGCCCAAUCAGAUUUGAAGUUAGAUUUAAUCUAGAAGGCUAUUAAGAAAUAAAUCAAAUAAUAUCUAAAACAAUAUAUUGUAUUUUUUUUAUAAAUCAUCAAACUUGUAAUACUUUUAUAGAACUGA